UCAGCACAGAAAGCGAAGCUUCUCUUUCCAUCAUUACUAUUGCUCACCUUCUUUGCAUCACUUUUCUCUCACUCUCCUGCUGCUGCUACGUGCUGAGUGCUAACCUCUCUUUCCUCUCUCUAUUACAUAUACAAUUAUAUUCUCACGGGGACGCAUAACCAACAUAACGAAACACAGGUUAACAAGGAAACCAAACAAAAGAAAAACACACUGCAGAAGAAAAUGGAUUUUGAUCUCGAAAAUCCAUUGACGAGCCUGAAAGAACACCAAUUUGAUACUAUCCCAGAUCUGUUUGCCUCUGAAUCUGACCACAUGCCUUCAAUAAACUUCUUAACCUGCUUGGAAACCUGUGACUUCUAUUCCUCCUUUCGUCAAGAAGCCAUUUCCCUCAUUUUACAGGCACAGUAUUCUUGCAACUUUGAGCCCAUUCUUGCUUACCUUGCCAUUAAUUAUAUGGAUCGAUUCGUCUCCAGGCAAGAAAUCCCGCGAGGAAAGCCAUGGAUUCUACGACUUCUAGUAAUAUCUUGCCUUUCUCUGGCAGCAAAGAUGAAGAACGCACAUUUCUCACUCUCUAAUUUUCAGAGGGAAGAAAGUUUCAUCUUCGACGUGCAAACAAUUAAUAGAAUGGAGCUUCUCAUUCUUGAUGCUCUGAAUUGGCGAAUGAGAUCCAUAACACCUUUCUCUUUCGUGCAUUUCUUCAUUUCGUCGUUUGAACUCAAAGAUCCGCCAUUAACACAAGCUCUCAAAGAUCGAGCUACCGAGAUUAUUUUGCAAGCUCAUAAUGAGAAAAAGUUACUAGAGUUCAAGCCAUCAAUUAUUGCAGCAUCAGCCCUUCUUUUAUCUUCCCAUGAACUAUUCCCAGUUCAAUUUCCUUCUUUCAGAUGUUCAAUUUCCUCGUGUGAACGUGUCAAUAGAGACCAGCUGAUAAAAUGCUUCAAUGCGCUGAAAGAAAUGGUGGAAAUGGACUGGUACAAUUCAACGAUGGAUACAGUUUCGAGCACAAGAACCCCAUUGAGCGUGCUGGACAGGCAUUGCAUCAAAUCAGAAAGUCAGACCACCAACAUCUCUGCCACUGCAUUGCCCCAGAAUAGAGAAAUCAAGCGGCGCUCAAAACGAUUGGCUAUUACAGCAAGUGACAAUAUGGUCCAGCUGAAUUUCGCAGAUUCAAGCAGAGCAAAUAACUCUGUUUCGAGGGGAAAUUUGCAAUUGGUCAAUUCCUCAAGCGCCAUAACAGAACCCACAGAGGAAUAGCUUGCAAUGAGACAAUCUACAUCCCCAAAAAAAAUAAAAAAAGAGAAUUUAUUUGCGUUUAUGGGAUUUUGAGAUGGGGUAAAGAAGGUAUUGGGAAGGGACGACGAAUGACAAAACAGAGCUCUGAAUGUCAACUUUUUCUAUAUGUUUCUGGAUAAAUGGUUGUCUGUUUCCUGGUGGCA